GUUUAACUAGGAUUGGCAUGUGUCUAGUGUGACUUGUACACAUAAUGAGCAGUCCUUAAUCAUAUCUUCUUUUUUUUAUUCUUUGGUAUAAGUUAAAAUGGAGAGAAAAGGUACAUUCAAAGUAGAAUAUUUGCAAAAGAUUGAAAAAGACGUCCAGAAGAAGUGGGAAGAGGAGAAGAUACAUGAAAUCGAUGCUCCUGAUUUGGAAUCUACUGUUGAUAAUAAAUUUAUAACAUGUUUUCCAUUUCCAUAUAUGAAUGGAAGACUUCAUCUUGGACAUACUUUCACUCUGACAAAGUGUGAGUUCUCUACAAGAUAUAAUAGGCUAAAAGGGAAGUAUGUGUUAUUUCCUUUUGGUUUCCACUGCACUGGAAUGCCUAUUAAGGCAUGUGCUGACAAACUCAAGCGUGAAAUAAAAGAAUUUGGUAACCCACCAGUUUUUCCUUCAGAUAUUGUAGAAGUUACUGAUAAAGACAAAGUGAAUGAUGUUCCAAUAGACAAAUCUAAAGGGAAAAAAAGCAAAGUUUUGGCCAAAAGUGUGGGCUCUAAAUAUCAAUGGGAUAUUAUGAGAAGCUUAGGUAUUGAUGACAGCGAAAUAGCUAAUUUUGCUGAGGCUGAAUACUGGUUAAAUUAUUUUCCUCCCCGAGCUAUAGAUGAUCUAAAAUCAGCUGGGCUUCAUAUUGAUUGGCGAAGAACUUUCAUAACAACUGAUGCUAAUCCAUUCUUCGAUUCUUUUGUUAGAUGGCAGUUCCUUCAUUUGAAACGGUUAAAUAAAAUCAAAUAUGGUAAGCGGUAUACAAUUUUUUCACCUAGAGAUGGCCAGCCUUGCAUGGACCAUGAUAGAGCAUCAGGUGAAGGUGUUGGACCUCAAGAAUAUACUUUAAUUAAGAUGAAGGUUAUUAAGUUGCCUCCAAAAUUAGCAUGCUUUAAAAAUCACAAUGUGUUUUUUGUGGCCGCCACUUUAAGGCCAGAAACUAUGUAUGGACAAACUAAUUGCUGGAUUCAUCCAAAUAUUGAUUAUAUUGCAUUUAAAACUAAAAAUAAUGAGGUUUUUGUAUGUACUCAAAGAGCUGCAAAUAAUAUGGCUUAUCAAGGAUUCACUGAAAGUGAUGGUGUAAUUGGAGACUUCAUCAAUAUUAAAGGUGAAGAUAUUUUAGGUGUUCCUUUAGAAUCUCCUAUCACUAUUCAUAAAGUCAUAUAUAGUCUGCCCAUGUUUUCAAUAUUAAAGGAAAAAGGCACAGGAAUAGUAACAAGUGUACCUUCGGAUGCUCCUGAUGAUUAUGCAGCUUUACAAGAUCUGAAGAAAAAGCGGCCUUUAAGAGAAAAAUAUGGUAUUACUGAUGAGAUGGUAGAUCCAUAUGAGCCGUGUCCCAUUAUUGAUGUACCAGACAUAGGCAAUUUAUGUGCUGUGACAAUGUGUGAAAAACUCAAUGUUCAAAGCCAAAAUGAUAAAGAAAAGUUGAAAGAAGCCAAAGAUCUUUGUUACUUAAAAGGUUUCUAUGAUGGUGUAAUGCUAGUUGGGGAUUAUAAAGGGAAAAAAGUACAAGAAGUCAAGCAAAUUUUAAAAGAAGAAUUAGUAAAAGCUUCAAAAGCAGCUGUUUAUUAUGAACCUGAAAAAGAAAUUAUAUCAAGAUCUGGGGUGGAAUGUGUUGUUGCAUUGUGUGACCAGUGGUACCUUGAUUAUGGUGAGCCAAAAUGGAGAGAAAGAACAGAACUUGCAUUAAAUCGAAUGAAUACAUACCAUGAUGAAGUGAGAAAGAAUUUUCAAGCCUGCUUAAAUUGGCUUCAUGAAUAUGCUUGCUCCAGGACGUAUGGACUUGGAAGCAAGUUACCAUGGGACCAAGGAUGGCUUAUAGAAUCACUUUCAGACUCAACCAUUUAUAUGGCUUAUUAUACUGUUGCUCACUUUCUUCAAGGAAACUCUUUAAGAGGCGAUAAACCUAAUCAGUUUAAAAUAAAAGCUGAACAUAUGACUCCUGAAGUAUGGGAUUUUAUAUUUCUUGAUAAACCAUUCCCAAGUAACUGUAAAAUAUCUAAAACUCAUUUGGAGAAAAUGAAAAAAGAAUUUAAAUUUUGGUACCCAGUAGACUUGCGGGUAUCUGGCAAAGAUUUGAUUCAAAACCAUUUGACAUUCUUUAUUUAUAAUCACACUGCAAUUUGGAAUGAGAAUGAAAAGAUGUGGCCUAGAGGUAUAAGAGCAAAUGGCCAUCUUUUGUUGAACUCAAGUAAAAUGUCGAAAUCUGAAGGCAAUUUCAUGACGCUUUCAGAAAGUGUUAAUAAGUUUAGUGCUGAUGCAAUGCGCCUAGCUUUAGCCGAUGCCGGGGAUACCAUAGAAGAUGCAAAUUUUGUUGAAUCAGUUGCAGAAGCUGGUAUUUUGAGAUUGUAUACAUUUAUCGAAUGGGUUAAGGAGAUCAUUGCCAAGAAGGAAACCUUAAGAACAGGUCCGAUGGAUAAAUUCUAUGAUAGAGUUUUUCAAAAUGAAGUCAAUCAAAAAUUAAAAGAAACUGAAGAGAAUUAUGAAAAACUAUUAUUCAAAGAGGCAUUAAAAACAGGGUUCUUUGAAAUGCAAACAGUACGUGAUAGGUACAGAGAACUAGCAAUGGAUGAUGGUAUGCAUUGUGACUUGGUAAUGAAAUUUAUAAAACUUCAGGCAAUAAUGUUGUCUCCAAUUUGUCCUCAUGUUGCCGAACACAUUUUCCAACUUAUAGAAGAGAAAUCAUCUGUUGUUAAAGCACGCUGGCCUGUUCAUGGCGAAAUAGAUCAGUCUCUUCUUAAGGCAUCUGCUUAUCUUAUGGAAACUGCCCACUCUUUUAGGCUGCAAUUAAAAGCAACUUCACAGGGUAAAAAGAAAGUAAAGGAGAAUAUUCCUGAUAAAAUUAACUACGCGACAGUUUAUGUAGCAAAAACAUUUCCGAAAUGGCAAGAGAUUAUUCUGAUAAAUCUCAAAAAUAUGUACAUUAAAGGAGGCGCUUUUCCUGAUAACAAAGUUAUAUCUGUCGAACUGAUGAAAAAUGAAGACCUUAAGAAAUAUGGAAAGAGAGUGAUGCCAUUUGUUCAAGCAAUGAAGGAAAAAGUUGCAGAGAAAGGUUUGUCAGCGUUAGCUACAACUGCAGAUGUCGAUGAAAUUUCAAUACUCUCCUCUAACAAGAAAUAUCUAAUUCAGUCAUUGCAAAUAGAGGGAAUGGAUAUUCUGACCAAUGAUGAUCCAUCAGCACCUGAGAGAGUGCGCCAAGACACUAUUCCUGGCUCCCCAUUUAUUGUCUUCACCUACAAGCUACAAUCAUUAACCUUAGAGUGCAUUAAUCCACAGCAACGCAGCGGCUACUUUACCCAACACCUUCAAGUUCGAAAUGAAAUGACCAUUAAUGAGUUUAGCUCUAUGUUGGCACUAGAGCAAGGUCACAGUGCACAACUGUGGCGAUGGGAGGAUCCACAGCUUGGUCCCCGCUCCAUGCCUCACGCUGAUAACCCUACCAUUGGCAAAUUACUCAUUGAUCCCACUUCUGUACUCAAGGUAGAUCUAUCGACUAAGAAGAUUGAACUGAUGGAUAAUGGGAAAAUUUAUCCAUUAGGAGAGUCAGUUAUAUACAUGGUUAAUAUAUAACAUACAUUGGAAACAAAAGUAUUUCAUAAUUUAUAGUUAAUUGAAGUUCAACUUUUUUUUUUUUUAAUGUACAUAAUUAAAUGGCUGUUAUUAUUUUUUUUUUAACGAUUUUUUAUUUAGAUCAAUGUCAGACAAAACAAAACAAUGAAAAAUAAAGUAUUUAAUUUAUUAUAUUUUUCUGAAUUUGUGAACCUAGGCAAAUGUUCAAACCUUAUUAAUUUAACUAUUAUUACUUGAAAGUAUGACAAUAAAGAAUGAACUAUUGUUUAACUAAAUCAUUGGGCUAAUUUCAUUCACUGUGUCAGCAUGCAGUGAUAUGAUCCCUUAUUUAGAUUUCUCUGGUAUUUUUAUUUUAUAAUUUAUUUAGGAAUAACAUUUCUUUAUAAGGAAAAACAAAAGAAGGAGUUGAAAGGUUUCAUGUUUUAUUCGACUUUGCUACCUUCAAUUUUUUUGUUUGCAUUUUAUCCUAAUAAAAUAGGAGAAAUUUCAUUUCAUAGCAAGAUAUUUCAAAGAUAUGCAUUGAGAUCUUUGAAAGCUGAAAUCAUUGUUAUAAUUUUUUUUACCCCAUAAGCCAAGUAGGGUAAGGUUAUAAAUUUGCUACUUUCUGGUCUUUGGUUCUUCAUCCAUUUUGUCGUAAAAAUGUAAACAGUCCCUAUAUUAGGAGGACUUAUUAACUCCCUCCCCUCCCCCCGCUCUCUUGGCCUGGGAAAAGGCAAAGUAGUGAGAAAAAGAAAGGAAAAUGUCCCAGAACAAUAUAUGUAUUAAGUGUGCUGAUUUAUUUUUUUCACUCUAUUUUAUUGAAUGGAUGACAAACACGAAUAAGUAAUGUGUAUGUGGAAAUACUAUUAACCCAGGUAAUUGUUUUUUCUGUUACAUUGCCUGUAGAUUAAGCCUCAUAAGGUACUACCCAAUCUGUACAACUGAGUACUUUAAUUAAAGGGGAAAACAUAGUGGUACUCUGCAUUUAGUUUUACCACCCUCUCAAGCAUUUCAGGUAAGCUUUUCUCACCUUUCUAGUCAGAGAUCAAGAGCUGGUGACCUUCAAGUUAUAAGUCUUCAGAUUUUUGUAGAUGGACAGUCUAUUUCAUUGUAUUUAUUAUAUUAUCUUUUAAAAUUUAAUUUAGUUUUUAACUUAUUUUUCCUCC